AUGCUCCAGUCCAACCAGAGCGCGCUCUGCGACCCCUCGGCUCUCUCCCGGGGGGGACACACCACUGUGGCCGUGGCACUGGGGGUGAUCUUCGUGUUGGGGUUUGUGGGGAACUUCGUGUCUCUGCUGGUGUUUUCGCGGUACCCGGUGCUGCGGACCCCCGUGAACCUGCUGCUGGUCAACAUCAGCGUGAGUGACCUGCUGGUGUGCGUGUGCGGGACCCCCAUGAGCUUCGCCGCCAGCGUCAGGGGCCGGUGGCUGACGGGGAGCCACGGCUGCCGCUGGUAUGGCUUCACUAACGCGCUCUUCGGUAUCGUGUCUCUGGUGUCUCUGUCCCUUCUGUCCUGGGAGCGUUACUCUGCGGUGCUCCACACGGUGCCCUCGGACGCCUCUCAGUUUGGGCGGGCUCGUGUGGCCGUGGUGGUCUCCUGGAUCUACUCUCUGGCCUGGACUCUGCCCCCGCUGCUGGGAUGGAGCAGCUACGGUCCGGAGGGUCCCGGGACCACGUGCUCGGUGCAGUGGCACAGGCAGUCGGUCGCGGCGCGCUCUUAUGUGAGUUGUCUGUUCCUGUUCUGUCUGCUGCUGCCGCUGCUGCUCAUGGUCUACUGCUACGGGAGGAUCAUCCUGGCCGUGCGCACCGUCACCAAACAGGUGCCCCGGUUAAACCAGCUGUCUGCAGAGCGGAGGGAGGGCCGCGUGCUGCUGAUGGUGGCCUCCAUGGUGACGGGGUACCUGGUCUGCUGGAUGCCCUACGGGGUGGUGGCGCUGCUGUCCUCGUUUGGGCGUCCCGGAACGGUGCCUCCGGUGGCCAGUCUCGUGCCCUCCCUGCUGGCCAAAAGCAGUACUGCACUCAACCCGGUCAUUUACGUGCUGCUCAAUAAACAGUUUUCCAGAUGCUUCCGUCACAUGUUUAGCUGGAGCUCGGACGCUGCUCCCAACGCGGUCGACCAGUCAGUCCCCAGCAGCAGAGCGGCCUGGAUCCCCCCACACCUCCCCUCAGCCGUGACCUCCUCCCCUCAGUCACUCAAACAGGGACCAGAGCCCACGCAAACGCCACCACCGAAUCACCAUGGCGACGCAAGCAGAGAACAUUGUUAG